AUGCUGCCACCUCGAGCGCUCUUUUUCUACGGCCUUAACGCAGUCCGGUUCCUCAGCAUUAUCUCCCUCAUACUUGUAUUCGCCAGCACGAUCACUGUUAUGGUUCAUAAUGUCAACGCCUUUAACGCCUUCGAGGCUAACCUUGGCAAUAACUCCGACUUGGAAGACUGCGAUUACAUCGAAGGCAGCACGAUUCCUAACCAGGCCGCCGGUGUCUUCUGGGCUGUGGUUUCCAGCCUUCUCAUAAUAUUCCAGACUAUUGUCCUCAUCAUGUCUGAAGUGGGUUGGCCUUCGGUCUUUUUCGAACGUUUCUUCCCUGUUCUCGGAUCCGGCUUCGGUCUUGGUGCUCUCGGAAUUUUCCAAUGCCUCAUCGGGGCCCAGAUUCUCUCACAUCAUGUCGACGAUUUUACGCUUGUAUCUGCGUUCCUUUUGUUCUCCAUCGGCUGCCUGAACAUGCUGCUCGGACUUAUAUUCCGCGAGUCGGCCAAGGAGAAACGGUCCAUCAGUGCGUGGCGUGAGGAUGCGAAGGGCAUACUUCCCACAUCCCGAGACAACCGCCCAGUUUUCGUCAACGCUUCUCCCUCAUUCGUGGCGAGUACGUUCGCUGGGGACGAAAAGGCCCAGCCAGCUUCGACAUUUGGCUCGUUCAGAAGCACUGACAAGGCAUCGUUCGGAUUCGGUAGACAAGGCGAGAAAGCUGCUGGGCUGAGGGGAUUUAUCCUCCAGAGACCUGACGAGGCUUUACCCCGCUAUGCGACACCUUCACCUCCACCUCCUCCACAUGCCCCCGUUUCAGUCAGCCUCUCUCGCAGCCCCUCGGUGCGGUCAUCAACUUCCAGCUUCUCCUCGCCGUACCGGCCUAGCGUCGUAACAAACGGCAAGCGGGACUCGCAGGAAGUAUCUGAGCCGCCGGUGUUCAGGUCGAGUCCUACUGCAUUCCACUCAAUGGACACAUUCGAUAAUUUCCAGUACGACUCUGCUUCUUCCUAUGGAGGUAUGGGCGUAGUGGACGACACUUCGUCUGUCUACACUGCCAAUACCCAAGAUAAUGCCUCCUCAGUCGACCUUUCGAGCCUCUCAAUUUCCGAGUUCAAUGACCCAGCAUCCGGGAACGGGGAUGCUCAUCACAUCAGUACUCCUCGUUCUGCGCUCGACGAGGAUUUUGAUGCUGUUCUGGAUGAUCUCAAGGAUGGCAGCGCUGUUGAUCUGCCUCCCCACGCUUGCAGUUAUUGCGGAAUUCACUCUCCGGCAUCUGUUGUCAAGUGUCUCAUCUGCUCGAAAUGGUUCUGCAACUCUCGUGGAAAUACGUCCGCUUCACAUAUCGUUAAUCACCUCGUGCGCGCUAAACAUAAAGAGGUCAUUUUGCACGCAGAGAGUCCUCUCGGAGAGACCACACCGGAGUGCUACAACUGUGGCAGCAAGAACGUCUUCAUGCUUGGUUUCAUUCCAGCUAAAAGCGAUACUGUCGUCGUCCUUCUCUGCCGUCAGCCUUGUGCUGCCAUCUCCAAGGAUAUACAGUGGAAUGCCUCCCUCUGGGCGCCCCUCAUUGACGAUCGCUCCUUUCUCUCGUGGCUGGUAAAGCCCCCAAGCGAGACAGAACAGCUCCGCUCUCGUCAAAUCUCUUUUGCCCAGAUCAACCGGCUCGAAGAUUUAUGGCGGGAGAAUGCUAAUGCUACACUCGAAGACCUAGAGAAGCCUGGUGUGGACGAUGAACCGCAACCGAUCAUGUUGCGCUACGAAGACGCGUAUCAGUAUCAGAAUAUUUUCGGCCCGUUGGUUAAGAUUGAAGCCGACUAUGAUAAGCGGCUCAAGGAAAGUCAGACGCAGACGGAUAUCAUCGUUCGUUGGGAUCUGGGACUGAAUCAGAAGAGAGUGGCGUGGUUCUGCCUUCCGAAACUGGAGAGUGGCGAAGUGCGCUUGGCGGUAGGCGAUGAGCUAAGAUUGCGAUAUAUGGGAGAGUUGCACAAAGCUUGGGAAGAUGUUUCGGACGAGAUCGGUCUGGAGUUGCGAAGAACUGAAGGAGUUCCAUCCGAGUGCACUCAUAACUUCGCCGCGGACUUUGUCUGGAAGUCUACCAGCUUCGAUAGGAUGCAAUUAGCUAUGAAGACGUUCGCUGUUGACGAGAAGAGUGUUAGCGGUUACAUCUACCACAAACUCCUUGGUCACGAGCUCGAACCUCAAUCCCUUCGAACCCAAAUGCCCAAGCGCUUUUCCGCCCCCGGCCUUCCCGAACUCAACCAUUCCCAAAUGUAUGCUGUGAAGAGCGUCUUGCAGAAGCCCAUCAGCUUGAUCCAAGGACCUCCCGGAACCGGUAAAACCGUGACUUCAGCAUCAAUCGUCUACCACCUCGCCAAAAUGAACCCUGGCCAAGUUCUCGUUUGCGCUCCCUCGAACGUUGCCGUUGAUCAGCUCACAGAGAAGAUUAACACCACGGGUCUGAAGGUGGUCCGUUUGACCGCCAAGUCGCGGGAGGCUCUGGACUCGAGUGUCGCGUACUUGACUCUUCAUCAGCAAGUAGCGAACAGCACCACCCACGUAGAGCUGCAGAAGCUUAUCAUGCUGAAAAACGAGCAAGGGGAGCUGAGUAGCAACGAUGAAAGGAAGUAUAAGACGCUUAUCAGGCAGUGCGAGAAGGAGAUUCUGAGUGCUGCGGACGUUAUCUGCUGCACUUGCGUAGGAGCGGGUGAUCCGAGGUUGAGCAAACUCAAGUUUAGGACUGUUCUGAUUGAUGAGGCUACACAGGCCGCAGAACCAGGAUGUAAGCAGGUUGUCUUGGUCGGCGAUCAUCAGCAACUUGGCCCGGUCAUCAUGAAUAAGAAAGCAGCCCGCGCUGGCCUGACACAGUCCUUAUUUGAGCGUCUAGUCGUUUUAGGCAACAGACCGAUCCGUCUCCAGGUUCAGUACCGGAUGCAUCCAUGCCUCUCCGAGUUCCCAUCCAAUAUGUUCUACGAAGGAACACUUCAGAAUGGUGUCACAGCCCCGGAGCGUUUGAGGAAGAAUGUUGACUUCCCUUGGCCGGUGCCAGACACUCCUAUGUUCUUCUACCAGAAUCUUGGACAGGAAGAGAUUUCCAGCAGCGGCACGUCUUUCUUGAAUAGAACUGAAGCCUCCAAUGUCGAGAAGAUAGUUACCAAGUUCUUCAAAUCAGGUGUUGUUCCGGGACAGAUUGGCGUCGUUACUCCCUAUGAAGGUCAAAGGUCGUACAUCGUGACCUACAUGCAGUUCAAUGGGUCUUUGAAGAAAGACUUAUACAAAGAAAUCGAAGUUGCCAGUGUCGAUGCUUUCCAGGGACGAGAGAAGGAUUACAUCAUUCUCAGUUGUGUUCGCAGCAACGAACACCAAGGCAUCGGUUUCCUGAACGAUCCUAGGCGUCUGAAUGUUGCGCUGACUCGAGCCAAGUACGGCGUAGUAAUCUUAGGCAAUCCCAAGGUUCUGAGCAAGCAUCCGCUUUGGCAUUACCUCUUGACGCACUACAAGGAGAAGAACUGUCUCGUCGAGGGUCCGCUCAACAACUUGCAACCUAGCAUGAUUCAGUUCAGUAAACCGCGCCGCACUCUUGUCAAGUCCAUGGACCAGUUCCGUCGUCAUGAGACUAAUGCUCGGGAUUUUUUGAGCGGUGCCCCCAAUACAGGAUUGAUGUCCGACGGUCGACGCUCUGGCACUCCCAGCCGUUUCGAUGCCAGCUUCUACCGUACUCACGACGCGUUAGGCUACAUCCCAUCGGAUGUCCAGUCCUUGCGCUCCCAGGCGACGUAUUCGUCCGGCAUGCCCAUGUUCUCCGCGCCAGGUGGACCUUUCGGUCAGGGCAUCCCUCGCGGAGCCGGCAAACGCAGCACAUACGAGAGCUACGCGUCCUCGAUCAUCUCACAAGACGCAGCCCCGAGCAUCGCCGACGGUGGAAGCAGCAACGUCAACCUGACCUUCUCCCAAAGCGACCGGCUCCGCCGCCGAUCGUCGUUCGGUUCUGCCUCCGUGGCAGGCGCCAGUGACCUUGGCAGCUUGUCACAGUAUGAUUACAAGAGCCAGGAUGAUAUCGCCGAUUUGGAUGACAUGAAGUCUCAGUAUGCUGGAACGCAGUCUGGUGUGACCGUCUUUUGA